AUGGCCACCCUAUUCCGGUCAUUUCGGAGCUCCUCGAUGCCCAAGAGGCUGCUCCGCUAUGCCCUGGCCAGGCUGGACCUGCUCGAUGCGGACGCCCUGGACAUGGAUAACCUGGACUUGGCCAUCGGGAGGAAUAGUGUCUUCGAAUUCCGUGACGUCGGCGUCAAGCUCAAGAAACUCGAGAAGCUGCUGAAGCUGCCCCCGACCCUCCGACUCCGACGAGCCAAGGUGAUCCUGCUACGCAUCACCGUCCCCGUCGACAUCUACACGAGCCCCAUCAUCAUCGACGUCGACGGCGUCGACGUCAGGCUCCAAGUCCUCGACACCGAGCGGAAACCCGCCGCCACGACGGGGGAUCCGGGAACGCAAGCCCCCCACCGUCACGAUAUCGUCCCCAAUACGGUCGACCUGGCCCAGUCGUUCCUCGACUCACAACCUUCGUCGGAACGGAAGCAGCUGGAAGAUGCCCUGGUGGCUGAGACCCAGGACCUCGGCGCCUCGGUAUCUAUGAGCGAUGAUGGGAGCGUCGAGGACGAGCCUCUGGGGACGGGACAGCCCUUGUCACUACCAUCCUUCCUCGCCGACUUCCUCCAGGGCGUCGUGGAUCGCACCCAGAUCAACAUCUGCAGCGUCACAUUCCAGCUCGAGGCCAACGUCCCCGUUGACCCGGCCUCAUCUAACCCCGAACCGGUGUCCUUCCAGGUCUCCCUCGAGCGCAUCGACGUCCAGGGCGUCACCACCCAGGAUGCUGCAUCCCCUGCCAUCGUUCCCAAGGAGGGAAAACGCCACAUCUCCCUCAAGAAUGUCCGUGCUUAUCUGGUGUUGGAAGCCAGCGUCUUAUCGGCACUGGCACGGUCCCCCUCCACGGCGUCGCCCUCGCUCGCCUCGUCCCCCGCCAUGACCAGGAACCCGCCCACGAGGGAAGGCUCCGGUGUCGAACAGGUCAGCCCUCUGCAGCCUUCGGGCACCCUUCCCUCCGCACCCCAGGGGUCGGUGGGGACCCUGCCUCUCGACGACGGCCGCGAAGACGACGACGCCUCCUCGGGAUCCGAAGGUUCACUAGAGGACAGCGAAGAAGCCCUGGGCAUCCCGUACGAUGACAUGUCCGAAGGCGACCUGCAUGACGACGACGGACCUCCCACGCCCCGCGCAUCCAUCUACCAUGGGUUUGAUGCGUCCCCGGAGGCGUCCAUGUUCCAUUCCACCAUGGCUGUCGCUGACUCUGCGCUCCUUGAUACUCACCCUCCCUUGUGGGCUAGUGCCCAGUCAGGGUCGGCCUCUGAGCAGUCCGAAGGUGCGCGUCUCUCGGGCUCCCGAGAGUCCGGUGCGACCCUGGCAGGAGCCCGAGAUGAUGAGCCCGCUUCUCCUGCCGCUAACGCCACCGCAUUCGACGAUGCCAGCGACAGCUCCAACGAGGACGAUCUGACUCGUUCUCAUCUCUACACUCAUGAAGAAGCCGAGAGCAUGUACCUGAGCGCAUUCUCGUCAGGUAGCUCCGGAGAACACCCACGCUCCCCAGAGCUCCAGCGCCCUGCUUCGCUCAUAGACAUAGCGCAGCCGACCACCACCCCCCCGGGGCCGCCUGACGACGCACCGCGGAGCGUGAUGCCUGGCGGUUGGGGCGAAGAGUCUGUUGUCGAGGACGGGCCGGUGGCUUCACCGACGCCUAAGCCUGCGACCGUCGAGGAUAGGACCAUCUCACCGGAGCCUGUCGGCGACCGGCCGAACGACGAAGAGUCGCUAAAGGGCAUCGAACUAGAUGACGCGGCCACGCCCAAAGGCCCGGCCAGGCUGGUCAAAGAAUUCCUGUCUUUGGACAAUAUCUCCAUCUACGUACCCACGCACCAUCAUCAUGUUCAUGCGGAGACCUCUUCAGCAGAGUCCGUCGCCAACCUCGACCGGUCUGCCUACCCGCAGGCGCCUGGAGCCUUUUCGAUUCACGGUUCCGCCCCCAGGGAUACCCGGCAUCGUCCGGCUUCCACCUAUCAGCCGCCGGCCGAUGAUGACGCGGACAACGCCCUGGAGGUUGAUCUGUCCCCGAUAUCUAUCCGCUUUGAUGCCUCGCUCGGCUUCCUACUUGCCGUCAUCACGGGAAGGUUGAGCGAGGCAGUCAAACCCAAGCCUGACCCCACGGCUGAGUCUGGUCCGCAGGCACCGAAGGUCCCGACUGCAGCGCCCUCCGCCCCGCCCCCUGAGCUCAAGCUGAAUCUGCAGGAGAUAUCCAUCGACUUUGUCAACCAACUAGGCGGUGUUGCUGAUACUAUCGAACGCUACAUGGGCCCCAGCGUGUUCAAUUUCGACAACGAUGUGCUGCUCAAUGCCACCCUGCAGAACUUGACGGCUUCCGUAUCAUAUCCCAGUCCGGCCUCCAAGACGCGUGAGGCCAAAUCGUCGAGUCAGGACGUGGUGCCUACCAUCAAGCUCGAGCUUGAAAAGUUCCGCUUCGGCCACGCCAAUGAUGACAUCAUUUCGUUUGACAAAGCACGGCCGAUGAGCACGUCCGUUCGUGACACCUUUCUCUCCUCGGGACACGACGUGGCAAUCAACAUGGUGCAAUCAAACGGUGAUGUUCGCAUUGACGUCGAGACCCUACCCAUUGCCAUCCAGAUUGACUUGCAGAGGCUCGAUGAGACGUUUGGUUGGUUCGGCGGCCUCAGCAGUUUCCUCAAUAUGAGCACAUCCAUGGCGUCUGUGCACUCCUCCACCGUGAAACAGAGCUCUCCAGCCAAGCCGAAGCCGCGUGGCGUGCGCUUCGAGGCUCCCGUCGAACCGAACAACAAGACGGCAGCUUCGGAGAGCAAGAUCAGCCUCCGACUAGGAGGCUCAUACGUAGAGCUUCGAGGAAAGGACUGCAGCGUGUCUGCCGAGUCGAGCGCCAUCAAGCUUAUCAGCAGAGACGAAGUCCUCGGCGUCGCCAUCAGCUUCCUUCGCCUGUCGGGCCCGCACAUACGGAACUCCAUGGCUGACCCCGCCAUCACCACCGAGGCCAGCGGUAUCCGUCUGGACUUCCACACGACUCCGAAGGAUGCCGACCUCGAGCGGCUGCUCGAGCUCAUCACGCCGUCCAGUGCCAAAUUCGACGGUGACAACGACGAGAUAAUGGUAGACACGCUCUUGAGGCAGAGGAGGAAGGGGUCUGUCCUGCGGGUCGGAGUCGACGCCGUCGCGACACGCGUCAAGAACCUCGCACAGCUGUCCAUCCUGCCAGCAUUUGGCGACGAUAUCGCGAAGCUGUCCACGGUGGCAAAGUACCUCCCCGAGGAUGACCGCCCCGGUCUCCUGACCCUGGCCAGGAUACAGAAGACGACGGCGCAGGUGGACUGCGGCGGCGGGAUCGGCGUGCUUGACCUUGCCCUGGACCAGCUGGAGGCUGCCCACAUCACCGUACCCUCCCUCUUGGCCGUGGCAGCUUGCGGGCUGUCCCUGCAUCGCAACGGGGAGGAGGAGCUGGUCAGGUCUUCGGCGCAGUUCUCGGGCCAGGGUGCGUCCCGGGUCCCUGUCAUGAUGGCGCGCAUGAUUGGCGACGACAUCGAGCCGGUCAUCAAACUGAAGCUACAGCAUGUGGCCGUCGAGUACCGUGUACCUUUUAUCAUGGACCUUCUCGGCCUAGGAGACGAUGCCACGCCCCAAGACUUUGAAUCCGGCCUCGCAGCUUCGGUGGCAAGUCUUGGUGACCAGGCUCAAGCCACGCUGGCGCAGUCUAGCAGACAGCAGCCAGCGGACCCUUCCUCCAAGCCCAAGAAACCUAUGACACUGGACGUCGGGUUUGGGGACUGCCUGAUCGGCCUCAACCCGCUCGGCAGGACAUCCAAGAUGACCAUCUCCCUGACCGAAUCCCGGCUCCAGGUCGUUCUUCCGAAGGAGGAUGCGCUCAGGGCGACUCUCGCUAUCAACAAGGCCUCCAUUCUCCUGAUCGACGACGUGGGACAGCUGGUGCCUCCCGACCACAGGAGGGCCAUGUCCCACCGACGGUCUGCCUCGAUAGCGUCGAAGCAGGUGGCUGACCUGCGCGUCCAGGGGUAUGUGGACAUCUGCUACAUAUCAUCCGCCACAGUGGUCGUCAGCGUGGACCCGGGCCCAGACGGCGAGAAGCAGGUUCAGGUGGAUGUGCGCGAUGAUCUCCUGGUCCUCGAGACGUGUGCCGAUUCUACCCAGACACUCAUCUCCUUGGCAAAUGCAUUGAAGCCCCCGACGCCGCCGAGCAAGGAGAUCAAGUACCGCACGAACGUGAUGCCGAUGGAAGAUCUUCUGGCCUCUAUCUCGGCCGAGGCUUUUGGGAGGCCGGAAGGAGAGUACGACUUUGACCAGGACUUUGCGGGUGCCCAAGAGAUGGCCGGGAGUGGCUCAGACAUCGGAUACGGGAACGACAGCCCCUUGCGCGUCGACUCAAGGUACUACAAUGAGCAUGGCGUGGACGGAGAAGAGAUGUUUGACGCCAUGAAGUCAUCGGGCAUAUCGUCUGACGGGACGGCAUCGAUGCAGGACACCGACGAAGGCGUCCUCCUGUCCGGCACCCAGGCUUCGCUGAACGACGCCGCUGUGACCGCCGACGACGAUAGCGAUGGUGGAGGCCUGGAGAUACACGAGGGCUUCUUCGCUGCCGAGAGCAGCCCCGACAGUGGCCACCCUACAGCCAAGACGUGGAAUUCCAAGAAGAACACGUACGACCGAGCACCCGAGAAGCUUGUCAGGCGCAGCCCUCUCAAGGUGACCGUACGGGACACGCACUUCAUCUGGAACCUCUUCGACGGCUACGACUGGGUGCAGACACGCGACGUUAUUGGCAAGGCGGUGCACGAUAUCGAGCACAAGGCGCUCGAGCGCCAGGCACGUGCCGAGGGGUCGUCCAACGUCUACGAGGAGGAGCUCGAAGAUGAGGAGGCGAUUGGAGACUUCCUGUUCAACUCCAUCUACAUCGGCGUUCCGGCGAACCGGGACCCGCGUGAGCUGUCGCGGGCCAUCAACGACAACCUCAAUGACAAUGCGACCGAGACGGAGUCGGUGGCGACGACGGCCUUUACGGGUGUCACCGCAACCCGAGCGGGACGGGCACACCAGAAGUCGAAGCGCCUCAAGCUCAACAGGAGCAGGCACCACAAGAUCACCUUUGAGCUCCAGGGCAUCAAUGCCGACCUGUUUGCGUAUGCUCCGGGUGCGGACAACACAGAGAGCAGCCUGGACGUGCGCGUCCAGAACGUCGACGUCUUUGACCACGUGCCCAGCUCUACGUGGAAGAAGUUUGCGACGUACGACCGGGAUGCGGGGGAGCGGGAGAUGGGUGCGCCCAUGCUGCAUCUGGAGAUGCUCAACGUCAGGCCGCUCUCGGAUCUCCCCGUGUCGGAGAUUGUGCUCCGCACCACGUUGCUGCCGGUGCGACUCCACGUGGACCAGGACGCUCUCGACUUCAUCACGCGCUUCUUCGAGUUCAAGGACGGCAGCGUGCCGGUGCACUCGUCACCCAGCGAUGUGCCGUUCAUACAAAGGGCCGAGGUGAUGAGCGUGCCUGUCAAGCUCGACUUCAAGCCGAAGCGGGUCGACUACGCGGGCCUGCGAUCGGGUCACACGUCGGAAUUCAUGAACUUCAUCGUGCUGGAGAAUGCCAACAUGGUCCUCCGACACGCCAUCAUCUACGGCAUCUCGGGCUUCGACCGGCUCGGCAAGACGCUCAACGACCUCUGGACGCCGGACGUGACCCGUAACCAGCUGCCUGGUGUGAUUGCGGGUCUCGCGCCCGUCCGCUCCCUCGUCACCAUCGGCAGCGGCAUCAAGGAUCUUGUCGAGAUUCCGAUUCGCGAGUACCACAAGGAUGGCAGGGUGGUGCGCAGCAUCUCUAAGGGAGCGGCGGCUUUCGCACGCACGACGGGAACCGAGAUUGUCAAGCUGGGCGCCAAGCUGGCCGUGGGUACCCAGUACGCCCUGCAGGGUGCGGAGGAGAUGCUCACCGAGAACGGCCGACGGCAGGAUCAGGCCGUGGACGUCGGCGGGUGGGACGGCAGCGACGCAGAGGAAGACUGGGAGCCGGAGGAGCGCAAGCAGAUCUCGCUGUACGCCGACCCGCCGCCCAGCGUCCUGCAGGGUCUGCGCGGCGGAUAUCGGUCGCUCACUCGGGACGUCAACCUCGCCAGGGACGCCAUAAUCGCCGUGCCCGGGGAGGUGAUGCAGAGCCGGUCGCCUGGCGGGGCGGCCAAGGCCGUAUGGAAGAGGGCGCCUACGAUUGUGUUCAGGCCGGCUGUGGGAGUGACCAAGGUGGUUGGGCAGACGCUCAUGGGGGUGACGAGUGCCAUCGACCCGCAACAUAGACGGAGGGUUGACGAGAAAUACAAAAAACACUAG